AAUCAGUUCGUGCAACCAGAUGUGCUCAGAAAGUUGGUGACUUGGUCUUCCUCGUCGAGUCGAAACGUCCGGCGUCUUUCCUCGACCCCUGGUCCGACACGCGAGCAACCUUCUCACACAGUGAUAGAUUUUCCUCGACCCACAUAGACCCACAUGCACAGUUCACCUGACAUGGUGGUGCUCGAAGAGAGACCAUCAGCAUCAGAUACCUCCAAGACCAAAGGACGUUUCGGGAUGAUUCAAGUCAUCAAAGAUUUCUCACUAUGGACGCGACGAUGGUUCGGCUGGGUGUUCGUCUACGUGUUUGUGCUGCUCUUCUUCUUCAUCUACCGGUGCAUCGGUCUCAAGCCCUUAAUCCUCAUGUACGGGACUGAAAAGGACUGCACUUUCGGAGUCGAAGCUGCUGCGUUGGCUCUCGGAUUCCUCGAAGAUUUAGUGUGUGCGACGUUCUUCGUGUGUGCUCUUUGGGUAUUCGACACGGUCAAGCUUAUGAUCGGCGAACGCGUCGGUGACCAAAUGCCGACAGCGUCACAGAUUUGUGAUAAAGUCUCGACUUUUCUGGUAUCGUGGGUCCUCUUCGUCGCCAUGACCGGCCCAUUCGUCGCCGAUCUGCUCAUCGUACGGCUUCGCGGUAUGCGAUUCACAUUCGAAUUGGUUGCGAUGGCAAUCCACGAGAAAGAUAACGCCAGCAGCGCAUCAAUUUCUCAAUCAGAGAUGAAUGAGGCGUACGUGAAUGUAACCGGAAUGGUGAUCGCAGCGACGCUCUUCGCGAUUGUCCGUGCUUGGGCGGAUUGGGCGGAUCUAUCGCGUUGGAAUCCUGCGUUUGCGCUGGUAGAUCUAGUACAUCAACGGAAUUGUGGGGCUGAGAAGUGCGACGAUGGUUCUUUACAGAAGACGAAGGAGAGUCGAGAUGAGGCGGUUCUUGAAGCUGGAGAGAAUACGCAGUACCUGGUUUCGACGUCACCUAGUAGCGAUGCGUCCACCGACACGUCAUUACCUUCGGAGAACCCUCGAUUCGAUCGGUUGACGCUCUUCAAACUCUGUGCUUUAGGUGUGCUGUUGGUUUUCGGUCUCAUUGUUUUGCCAGUGAUUGUACUCGCUGUAAGUCGUGCAUGUUCAUCACUUGUGGCUUAUUCAGGCCUCAACGCGACACUCAAUGAGCUAUUUGUUCGUGGAAUCGACGCUACCACUCAAGGCUUCACGCCUUCAGUUGCUGACGGGACUAUUGAGAAUGCCAAGAUCUAUAUUCACUCUGCCACAGAGAACUACACUCUCUUCCAAGAUGAUUCGCUCUACCGACGCACUACCGGUUUCCACGGAGACCUCGCCUUUGACGUGAAUGUCUCUAACGAAAACCCUCCUAACGUUGUUCUUAUCGUGGUAGAGUCGUUCCGAUUCCACGACUCCCACUACCUGGUAGGCGACGAUCCGUCCAACUUGUUCAAGGGAACCAACAUCACCGUCACUCCAAACUUCGAUAGGUGGGCGAAACGUGGUGUGUCGUUCAGUAAUAUGUGGUCAAGUUGGCGUACUAGCCGUUCAGUGGAGAGUUUAUUGUUCGCCCAGCUCCCUUAUGACAGUGUGGCUGACUCUGGUAUGACUGGAGGUAAAGAGGACGUCGAACUCUCUGGUCUACCGCAAUUUUUCAAGGCUAAAGGGUACGAACCUUUCUUCACUACUGGAUGCAAGACGGACUACGAUGAUUGGGACACUUUUCUGCCUUCUCAUGGCUUCGAUACUGUUUGGAGUCGAGACGAGAUGAUGGAGCUAGCAGAAGGAUACCUUAACAUCUCGUCUGAUGAAUGGUAUGGAGACGCCCAUCGAGCCUUUGGCUGGGGCGUACACGACGAUUUGAGCUUCCAACUACUCGGUGAUCUACUCAUCAACAAGACAGUCGAACAAACUGAACGAGUGGCUCGAGGGGAGAGCAAGAAGCCACUUUUUGUGAACCAUUACACUAUCUCUAGUCACACCCCAUUUAAAGACCACCCAACGUGGUACGCUAAAGCUAUGAAACCCGAUUUUUCGACACUUUACCAAGAUGAAGAGUACGCUGACGUCGUCAAGGCGUACUUGGAGAUGCGGUAUUUUACAGACAUGCAACUUGGUAAAUUUCUAGACCGUAUGGCUGAUAAGGGGAUCCUCGACGAUACUAUUGUAGUCAUCGUAGGAGAUCACGGUCAGGGACCUGAAGACGGUCUUGAUGUGCCCGAGGCUCGUGAGUUGUCGGCUACACGAGUCGCUGGGACCAUUAUCGCGGAAGGACGACUGGGUGACUCUGUGGGGCUCAUGAUAGAGGACGCAGUGGAGCAGUAUGACAUGCUCAAUACACUGGCAGAUAUCACUGGUGUCCCCGAAGGGGGGUUCUUACAAGACGGAAUUGGACGCUCACUUAAACGCAACGUCACGUUUGGAGAGCGUGCGGUAUACAGUAACAAUCCGAGUCGUAAGAUGUCGGUUGUAAGAGGUCACGAGCGGUUACGGUAUGAUCGCUAUUCAAGCUCCGUUUUACUGCACAAUGCUGACACGGAUCAUGAAAUGGAGAAGGAUCAGUUCCCCACUCUUAGUCUCAAGGACAAGGUGGACUGGAGAGCGAAACGCGACAAUGGUCGCCGUAUCAAUGCCUACUACACGAAGCGCUGGGACAAAAAGUGUUUACUCGACGGGGAAUGCUAGAGCUAGAGUUAUUUCCCUUAAAACAAGUAAUACCUAGUUUUUUUUAAGUGCUCUUCUUGAAGAAUCGUGCCUGCAUCUUCCUACUGUUGUUUACAAGUACAUGCAAUUGAGGCA